GAAUGAAUUAAGUGUUGAUAAAAUAGUUGACAUAUACUACAUAUGUAUGUGAAAUGCGGUGAUAUUAUUAUUAUUAUGUUUAUAAUGAAAUGAAAUGUUGUCUAAUUGUGAAUCACCGACAGUCCACACAAAGAAGUCAUAUCUGGCGAGUAUUGAGAGCUUGGAUGACGCGGAAGACACCGACGACGACUCGUUGGGAAUCAUUCGUAUGAUUAGAUCCAAAGUGAAUGGCUGUAGCUCUUUAAAUGUCGGAUCAAACCAACUCAAGAGCACAUCCACUACACAACAGUCACCGAUUCCUAGUAAUAAUAAUAAUAAUACUUUGGAUCAAAAUUUAAGUCAUAUUCAAAGGGUUGUCCUCGAGAUCGUUGAAACUGAACGCCAAUAUGUGAAUGAUAUGCAAGAAAUCGUAAAAGGAUAUUUAGAGCCUAUGAAGACAUUGGAAGAAACAAAGAUCAGUUCUCAAGAAAUUAUCAAUUUGUUCAGUAAUAUAGAAGAUAUAAAUUUAUUUAAUUCAGAUUUUUUAGAAAAAUUAGAGGAAUGUGGUCUCAAUGUAGUCCUAAUUGCCAAAUGCUUUAUAGACAAGAGUUCGGGAUUCGAUAUAUACACGCAUUACUGUACAAACUAUCCCCGUACUGUGUCCUUAUUAACUGAAAUGAUGAGAAACACAGAUAGGGCUGAACUAUUUAGGGAAAGGCAGCUCUCCUUAAAACAUAGUCUUCCAUUAGGAUCAUACCUACUAAAGCCCGUCCAAAGGAUAUUGAAAUAUCAUCUAUUGUUACAGAAUAUCGUUAAAUGUAUGGACAAAGAGACGGAGGGUUAUAUAGAUAUCAGGGAUGCGCUGUCUGUUAUGACAAAUAUUGCUAUUCAUAUCAAUGAUAUGAAGCGCAAACACGAACAUGCGGUCAGAGUACAAGAGAUCCAGAGCUUACUAUAUAAUUGGCCCGGCCAGGAUUUAACCACUUAUGGUGAUCUUCAAUGUGAGGGAUCGUUUCGUAUGUUAGGAGCAAAGGGUUGUCGUCAUCUAUUUUUAUUCGACAGAAUGCUAUUAAUAACCAAAAAGAAAGACGACGGUUCCCUCAGCUAUAAGACUCAUAUACUGUGUUCAAACCUAAUGCUAAUUGAGAGCAUUCAGGGUCAACCACUUUGCUUUCAUGCCAUCCCAUUUGAUCAGCCCAGAGAUCAGUACACAUUUCAGGCCCGAAAUAUGGAACACAAGAGGGAAUGGUGUCUCUUAAUAAAGAGAGUGAUUCUUGAGAACUAUGAUGUAGUGAUUCCAUCGCACGCCAAACAAAUAGUUAUGCAAUUGGGACAGACAGCCAAUGGCCAGUCAGACAAAAGUCAUUCACAUAGCAAACGGACAUUGAGUGCACCCGAGUAUCUCGAGAGACGCAAACAAGAAAAUAGACGAAAAUCUGAGUCCGCUAUUAACCAUAACUUAAGCAAAGGAUUUAAAUUACGAAAAUCAUUAAAGAAAAUUCAUUAUAUGGAUAGUCAUAAUGGUUGGCGCCGUUCCCGUAGCUCUAGUCAUGAUGAAAAUGCCCGCAAUGAUAACAAUGGUAAAACCAGUGAAGAUAAUGAAAGGCGAUCAAGUCUGGGACCAAUUGAUUUAAACAAUUUUCAUAAGAGUAGUUCUAUAAAUGCUAUGACAGAUAUACCGUACAGUGAUAACGGUUCUCAAAUUACUAACAAAAUUGUUGAAUCAGAUGAAGUCGUAACACAGGGGGUGAUAGAAGAGAAGACAGAUAACGAAUCUUUAAAUCUGAUGAAUGACGCGAACAACAUGUAUGAGUUAAGAAGACCUAGACUUGCCGUUACCACAGAACAUGAUAUCAACCAAAUGAAUGGUGUGGUCAAUGAUACUGAACCCGAAUACGUAACCUUUUAUAUGUCAUCUAAUAAUAAUAACAGAUUGGAUUCAAGUGAAGACUCUAGUAUUCAGAUGUCGACCAGCUCUGGAACUCUUUACAAUAGAACGAGUACUUCUUUAUCUUCGGGUUCAAGUGAUUUAUCAAUGGCCUCAUCUUCACAGUCGGAUGACUCUAAAUAUGUUGUGUUACCCGUUAAUGCUCUCUUUAAUUACUCAAAUCAUAAUCUCUCUAAUAAUAUCGUACGUCGAGUCCAAUCAUUUACAGGAAUGACUCGAACUAAGGCUAUAUUACAGCACUCAUUCUCAUUGAGACAAUCUCUGGCACCUGACUUACCACAGACAUCAUUAAAGAAAGUUAACGAAAGACCAAAUACAUUGAAUUUAUCGUCGAAUUCAUCGUCAUCUUCACAAUUACCUACAAGUAAUAGUUUAGAUGAGAUGAGUCCCAUAGCACCAGCCAUUUGGCUUAAAAGGCAAGAACAACAUUUUGCCACUUCUUGCCAAAAGAGUGGUUCACUUCCUCGAUGUUUUGAGACUACUUCCUUUGCACAGACAAAUGAAGACAACUGUCAAACAUCAACACCUAAUCGGUUGAAAUCGGGACAACCGAUAGAACAAAGACUGUUUACUAUAGCCAAAGAUGAACAAUUGAAUCAAGAGUUUAACGACCCAACCGUUGAGGAGUAUAAUGAUGUGGAUGGAGUACAUCAAAGUCACGAAAAUAUUCGUAAGUUAUCUGCAAAAUCACCUUCAAUUAGUUUAGAGAGUGUAUCGGAUCCAUCUCUGUUACAUCCGGAGCACAAAAUAUAUCGACAUACUUAUAACGCAUCCAAAUACAUCAAAUCAGUCAUUUAUAAUGUCGGUUCUAAACUGGUUUCUCUACGCCGAUCGCCAACUGUUUCGGACCAGUUGUGCGCUGACGACACUUCAAUCAUCUCUGCUGAAAGUGUGGAGAGAUCUGAGUCACCUAUUGUUCAUCAAAAGCAACAGAUAGACAAAGAGACGAUAGAAUCAAAUAAAUAUGAGAUAAAUCCUAAAGUAAUAACCGCUCGUUUUGUACACACUUUAGCUAAGGUUUACUCAAAUAUAAUCAAAAACAAACUGAAGGACUCAUCUAAAAUUGAGACCGAAAUGACUGCCAGUAAAGCGUUGUCUGAAAUUCCUAGUCCUGUGUUCGCACGUAUUUCAAUGCCGGCCACUAACUCAUCAGCUGCCGCACGACUGGCCAACUAUAAUGAUUACGACAAUUAUCUUAGUAAACAUAAACGCGGUCUUCAAAAGCAUAAUUCAGUUAAACGACCGGAUAGUUUGGUAUCCGAUAUGUCGACAUCGAGUGAUAAUAAUGAUAACAAUGAGAUGAAUGGUAAUGAAGAUUCGCCGUCUGAAAUCAGCGACACAUCACUCGAUAGCUUUUAUGAACAAACAUUUGAAGCAAUUGAAAGUGUUUUGACUGAAGAAAUGUUUGGUGAAUCAGGAUUUUAUAGCCAACACAUGGACGCCGACUCAGAUCUAUCAACACUUAAUCCAAUUGAACAAUUCAUUGACGAUAAUGAAGAUAACAGUCUUUACUCAGAUUUAAAUUCAUUAUCAAAUUUAAGUAAUGACCAAAAACAAAGUAUUUACAAAUCAAUGGAACAGUUAGAUAAUGGAGCCAUUAAUCUAAAUCUCAAUAUCUUAAGUGCUAAGAGAGUUAAGGGCGCUAUCAUUGAAAAGCUUAAGAUUUUGGAAGAGAACUCACGCUUUCAUAAAGAUAACAAUAUUUAUGACUUUAAUGGUAUUAAAAGUAUUAAACAGCGAAUGCAAGAGUUAGAGAAAUGGUGUAAUAAUAAAGAAAAUAUUGAAGAAAUUGAUGAUAAUUUUGAUAUAAAAAUAAGAACCAAAUCAUCACCUAAUGGUUCUCCUAAACCAAAUUCUAAGGGAUGGGUUAAGCAUGUGAUUGAAAAAUUGCAAAACGAUGAAAAUUAA